AUGACUACUACUGUUACCGUCACUGUAUCUCAGGCCUCGACGACGGCCGGCGUUCAGAAGCAACGCACUCACCUCAUGCGUUCGACGCGCAAGCUCGGUGCCCUCCUCGGUGAGACUCCCCUCAUUAUCGACAACUCUCGCCACGAACACACCGCGUCCAUGUCCAGCAUGGCAUCCCGACGCUCAGGCAUGAUCUUCCUGGGCACCGAUUUACUCGCGCUCCCCCCACCAUCGCCGGAUGGGUUGAAAUCUGUUGAAAGCUCCGGUGCAAAGAUGGAUAGGCCUAUGCUCUUCCUGCGUCGGCCGCUCCCCACCCUCCUCUCGACUGCGCCCUCGCCCCAAUCGCCCUCCUUUCCAGCCCUUACUCCAACGACACCUCUCACCCCGGAGCCAGUGGUAGUGGACCGACGGAAGAAGAUGGCGAAGCUUACCCGCACGCUCGGUGUCAAUCCCCCCGCCGAGCUUGUGUUCCGGGGAGUCAAUGCGAAAGAGCUCGCCGCGAUUCCGUCACCGCACUAUGUCUCUUCGGUGCUCGCGGCCUUGGGCCCUGCGAACAGUACGGUGGGAAGCCGUGCGUCCAUGAUGUCGGUGGAGUCGCUUGCCAGCCCCACACGCGAGGCGACGUUGUUGCCUUAUCGAGCCACCGCAGCGCGCAGCGCUUCGAGCCUGGCACUUCCCAGCUCUUCGGGACCAUGGGUUAAUGGUGGGGAGCGAUUCUCGUCCCCGCCGGCCUCCAGUGCUUACCCGGACUACUCCCACAAGCACGCCCGGUACGGAUCGACCUCCAGCACUCGUUCAGAGACCCCGUAUCCUGCUCCCCCAGUCGCCACGACCUCGGAAGCCGAGGCCGUGGAGAGCAAGACUUCGCGCUCGACAGCCGACGCGCGGUUCCUCUCCCGACACUUCAUAGUGGACCUCCCGGAACGCACGUCCUCGCGCAUGCACGUCCAGAACCUCCGCGCCCUGUCGCCCGCUGUGGGCUUGCGCUCCCCGUCGCCGACCUGGUCAUUGUCUGAAGAUGUGGAUGCGGAUGCGGAUGAAGCGCUCGUACGCGAGGAGGUGCGGGAUGGGUGGACCGGCCAAUGGACAUUCGAGGGCGGGGCGGCGGGGCAGGAUAUGCAGGAUGUUGUCAAGCAGCUGCGUGAGAUGAGACUGUAG